AUGGACAACAGCGAGAAGGCGACUGAGCUUUCAUCGCCGCCUCCUGUAGCAGACAAAGGCCAUGACGAGGAACAGGAAGAGAGCUGUAAGCUAAUUGUGAUGAACUAUGGCAAGUGGAAGGACUCGAAAGCGCUGAGUGACGUGCUGCAGGCGAAAGGGAUCGACUUUGUCAAGGUGCAAAAAGCGCGGCAAUUGUCCUUUGGCUUUGUGCACUUUCGGUCGAAAGAAGAGCGCGCGGAAGCUGUGCCGAAGCUGCAGGCAAUUGACUGGCACGGAGAGCCACUGGAGGUGAAAGACGCUCUGCCCAAGCGAAGUAUGAAGCCCAUCCGGACACGGAACAGCUGCACUGAAGGGGGUCAUGAGGACGAGCUCGUAGACCAACAGAAGGAGAGCGUAUCUGCACGUGACGUGCGUGACGUGGUGACGCCGUGGGCCAAUGUGCCGUACAUGGAGCAGCUGGAACGCAAGGAGACUGAGAUGAAGAAGGUGUUGGUGAAGAUUGUACGUCAGACGCGAAAGGAGUUUGGCAAGAAAGAGAAGCGCGUACUGCAGGACCAACGCAAUGUUGCGAAGAAGAAGCAGCGACAGGCGACGAAACAACGAGUGGAGAAGAAGGAGGGGACGGAGCAGGAGCAGACAAAAGAGGUGGAGGUGGCCGAGGAGUACACUGACGACGACAAGCCACAGUACGCGGUUUCGGUCCCCAAAUGGCUCGUUAGUCAUGGAUCGCUCUAUGUCGUGGCCAACCACGUGCUGUACUCACGCCCACACGAAGGAGACGUAGAAUCUCCGUGGACGCGCGUAACAGAUGCUGUCGAUGUGGUGGCUAUCACAUCAUUCGGCAGCGAUCUGGUGGGCGUCAAGACGGAUAAUAUGGUGUACGCUCUCAAACCAGACUUGGCAUCGACCGAUGAACUGUCGUGGCAAAAGAUCUGUGGUGGGCCGGAUGGAGUGCUCCUUACAUCGCUGGCUUCGUUGCGCGGCUCGUUGCUAGGCUGUGGUAGCGAUGGCACGAUUUACAAACAAGAGGGCACGGGCAGAUUUGCAUCGGGCGAAUGGAAGAAGCUGGGUGAAGUGCCGGGUGCGACCCUUAUUGGCCUCCACAACGGCUUUUUAUAUGCGCACAGCCCAGCUCUGGCCAAGGAUGCAUCUUGGUCGCGUGCCCCACUUGAUGCCACUGCGCUGGAGGCAUUACAUUUUGAAACAUGCGUCACGCCAAUGCCUCAGUGCCUCGGAAUUUCAUCCCACAACACCCACAUUGUACUCCUAGCUUCCGAAGCUGUUCAUUUUGUGCGAGAAGAUGGCAUAGUAAAGGCGAGUGUGCCCUUGCCACCGAACUUGAAGGGAGCAAGCUUCACCGGCUUCGCGAGCCAUAAGGGCUUGUGCUGCCCUAUUAAUUCGAUCUGUGCUUCCCCGGUGACCGAAGGCUACCGCAACAAGUGUGAGUUUAGCUUUGGCUUCGACAGUGAAGAUCAGCCGUGCGUUGGGUUUCGCCUCGGUCUUUUUCGGGAAGGUUCGGUGGUCGUGAGCAAGCCGGAUUUGUGCGUGAAUGUACCAAGUGAGAUGAAGGCGGUGUGUGCCGUGAUGCAAACCAUCUUGGAGACGUCGGACAUUCCCGUGUAUAGCGUAACGACGAAGACGGGUGUGUGGCGCGUGCUGACGGUCCGUCAGAGUGUCAGCACGGGUGAACUUAUGAUCAUGGUGCAAGUGAACCCGACCGACCAAACGCCUGAUCAGCGGGCUGCGAUCAAAGACCUGGUCGUGCAGCGGCUGACCGAUGAAAGCAACCCGUUCAAGGUGACUUCCGUCUACGUGCAAGAGUACGGCGGUCUGUCGGCUCCGUCGGAUAACGAUCCGGUAGAGCAUGUGUUCGGCAAGACAACGCUCGAGGAGCACCUGCUGGAUAUGCGUUUCUCGGUGUCCCCGACUGCCUUUUUUCAGGUCAACACGCGUGGUGCCGAAAAGUUGUACUCAUUGGUGAAGGAGUACGCGAACGCGGACGAGCACACUAUGCUCUACGACGUUUGUUGUGGCACUGGCACGAUUGCCAUUUGUGCGUCAGAGGGAGUCGGGAAGGUUGUGGGAAUUGAGAUUUGCAAGUCUGCGACCGAUGAUGCUGCGGUGAAUGCAGAGCUCAACGGCGUGAAGAACGUGAGCUUUGUCAACUCAAAGGCUGAGGCUGUGAUGAAGGACUUGCUGCAAAAGAAGCGCGAUGAGAGCGAGAUGCACUUGAACCGUGUCGUGGCCAUCGUCGAUCCGCCGCGUGCUGGUCUUCACCAUCAAGUGCUCCGUGCACUUCGUGCCUGCCCUCCGGUAGAGCGUAUUGUGUACGUGUCGUGCAACCCGACUGUGUCGCUGGUUCGAGAUGCUAUGACGCUGUGUGGCCCCAGCUCCAAGGCCCUUCAGGGUCAGGCCUUCGAGCCCGUGCACGCCGCCCCUGUUGAUAUGUUCCCUCACACACCGCACUGCGAGAUGAUCAUUGUGUUCGACCGCGUCAAGGCCGAGUAA